AUGUCGGAAUCAGCAUUGACUAUCCACGAAGUGCCGCAAGUCGUUGAAAUAAAUGCACUGGUUGAGGAAUCCGCAACGAAGCUGGAACACAAUGCGGCGGCGGUUGAGAAGCCCAAUGUCGACUGGUGGAGCCACAUCAAGCUUUGGGUUGCGAUAGGCGUCUGGUACGGGCUGAACAUUGCACACAUCAUGACCUCGAAGUCACUGCUGAACGUUCUACCGCUGCCAUGGUCGCUGUGUUCGUUCGAAUUCUUUGUGGGCUGGAUCUUUGCGAUCGUGUUUUGGGGCACGCAGUUCCGUCCCAUGCCGCACUUCCCGUCGAUUACGACUUUUGCAAAGAUGUUUGUACCCUUGGGCGCGCUUACAGUAUUACUUCAUUGCGGCACUAUACUCUCUAUGGCUUUGGGUACCGUGUCCUUCACCACCGUCAUUAAGUCGGCGGAGCCUGUGGCGACGGCCGCCUUGUCGAUUCUCAUCCUGAAGGAUUACCUCAACAUAUACGUAUACCUGUCACUGAUUCCCAUAGUUGCCGGAGUCGCCUUGGCGUCAGCAAAGGAGCUUGACUUCAAUGUUUGGGCCUUCCUGGCGGCCUUGCUGUCUAACAUCUUCGAAGCACUUAGAACAAUUAUUACGAAGGGGCUAAAGCAGGAUGACGAGAGAAUCGGUUCUAACCUCACCCCCACCAACGUCUACAUGCUUUUCACUCUGGUAGCUGCAGUUCUGUGCCUGCCUGUGGCGCUCGCAAUCGAGUCCCCUAAGUGGAGGCAGGUAUGGGCCGAGUCAACUGCUUCCAUGACAGGGGGUGAGAAGGCUUUCGUUGUUGUCCGGUUCGUAGCCUGUGGCUUUCUGUAUUACGUGUACAAUGACUGUGCGUUCUACUGCCUGGGACUUAUGAAUCAGGUUACACACUCUGUGCUCAAUACCAUGAAACGUAUAGCAGUGAUAGUAGUGUCUAUCAUCAUCUUCAAGAAUGACGUGGAAGUUCUGGGCUAUGUGGGCAUGGGCACGGCUAUUGUGGGUGGUUUGUUGUACUCUCUGGCUAAGCAGGGCGUUUGUAUGCGACAAAAAGCGGUGACGGCCGCUUAG